AUCAAACACAAUCCCUCCUGCACACAGGACAUGUAAGUUAUUUUGCCAGUUGCCCCGUCAAAUUGACUAUCUCUGUGUGUUUACCAUAUUUUCAGUAACUAUGGGCAGUUUAACAGUUAUGUUAGCGUGUUCUGCUAAGACCUUGAAGAUGAUCAAAAAUAACUCCCAUGCAAUUUAUUUCAAGAUGACUCUAUUGCCACGACUGCCUCUCUUCAAACAAUCAGAAGGCAAGUGUAUCAACUUUGCUCGACUGUCAAGCUCCACAGCUGCCAGUGCAGCGAAGGGAGAGGACUCCUUCCUCAAAUGGCUCCUGCUUCUGAUCCCUGUCACCACAUUUGGUCUUGGGACAUGGCAGGUGAAACGUCGGGAAUGGAAAAUUAAGUUGAUUGCAGAACUGAGAAGUCUUACCUCCGUUGAACCCAUUCCUCUUCCUAUUGAUCCUCUGGAGUUGAACAAUCUGGAGUACAGGAGAGUAAAGGUGCGUGGGCACUAUGACCACUCCCAGGAGAUGUACAUCUUACCACGCUCACCUGUCGACCCGGAGAAAGAGGCAAGGGAGGCAGGCCAGCUGUCAUCCAGUGGAGAUACUGGAGCCAAUGUCGUUACCCCAUUCUAUUGCAGUGACCUAGGGAUCACGAUCCUUGUAAACAGAGGAUAUGUUCCUAGGAAGAAGAUCAAACCAGAAACCAGGAUGAAGGGACAGGUGGAUGACGAGGUUGACCUGGUAGGUGUGGUGAGGCUGACAGAGAUCCGCAAACCCUUUGUGCCACAAAACGACGUGGAGCGCAACCGCUGGCACUACCGCGACCUGGAGACAAUGGCUAGAGUCACAGGGGCUGAGCAGAUCUUCAUCGAUGCUGACCUGGCCAGCACAAUUCCGGGUGGACCUAUAGGAGGACAGACCCGAGUCACCCUAAGGAAUGAACAUAUGCAGUACAUUAUGACGUGGUAUGGCCUCUGUGCAGCAACCUCUUACAUGUGGUAUGCCAAGUUCAUCAAAAGGAUUGUGUAAAACACCCUGCAAUGGCUUGAGUAGUGGAAAUUAAUACGUUUGUCAUGAAUAUACCACAGCCAGAUCAUGGCAGUAUAGAAGCUGCUGUAGGUACUUAAUGUCUAGGUUUUAUUUGACAAAUGUACACUUAAAAUGCAACAUGUGAAGUUGUUGGUUUCAUGAGCUGAAAUAAAAGACCCCAGAAAUUUGAUACCAGUAUUUCUCUCAAAUGUGCAAAAAUGUGUUACAACCCGCCUCAACUGCAGCCCACUUGUAGGCGAGCAGUUUAGACAAACAUGGUGAAGUGCCCCACAAUGGCAUGGGCAUUCAUAAGCUGUGGACAAUGAACAAUUACAUUUUUAUAGAUGGCAAUUUGAAUGCACAAAAAUACCUUGAGCGAGGCUCAUUUUUUUGUUGUCUAUGCAUAUCUGCAUUCCUAAUCAUGUGAAAUCCAAUUGGCCCAAUGAAUUUGAUGUCCAAAUCAAUGAAAUAUGAAUAUGAAGUAUCCUAAUAAAAUAGCAAACUGCA